AUGGGCAGACCAGUCGACCAGUCCGCUUCCACCGACAUCCCGCCAUCCCUUGGGUUUUCCCAGACGGUUCUUCAGCCAGAGGUGCAAUCAACCGUUGAUGGAAUCAACAGCACAAAUGUGCAGGCAACGAUCGAAGCUGCGCAAAAGGCGCCAAUCGGCAUUCUGAAGAAGUUCGAGAACCACUCGUUCUCCGGGUACGGCUUCAACACCAUCUUCCGACCGCACAGCACCAACAAAAAGACACCGACUGGUCUUCAUGUUACUCCUCCUUCUGACCAAAACCCCGACAACAUUUUGCAACUCAACCUUACUCGGGAAACCAUGAAAUUCGACCUUAGGCUUGGAGCUGUUCCCAACCGCGGUUUGAUCGACCAAGCCGACAUCAACCUUAACGGAGUGCCUUACACACAGAAGAUCUUUGAUCUGAUGGAGCCUGAGGUCGAAAAACCUCUCAUUCAUUUCGAGAACGGACUUUGGAUGCACGUUCCAGCUACAACUAUGCCUGCUCUACAGGCUUCUCUUGCCCGCAUGGCUUCUAUUCCUCACGGCACAACCAUCAACGCCCAGUCUUUCUCUGCGCCUGUUACCUCCGAGGGUGCGCCUAGCAUUGAGUCUGUCUCAAUCACGCCCUUCAAGAUUGUUGAUCCAACACAAUUGAUCCCAUUUCCUAGUCAACAGGCAGAUAACAAGAACACCUUUCGUCUUCCCCAAGAUCUGACCCCUUUCAUCAAAGCUGAAACCGUCACCCAGGAAAUGAUUACCAACCCCAAUAUCGUCUUGACGAACGCCAACAAGGGCAAGGAAAUCAUUGAGCACACCACUUACACUAUCUCUACAUCUCCACCGGAAUCUAAGCUCGGUGGGGGCACCAGCAACAUCGGCUUCCUCAUCGGUGAUGGUUCGCAGGGCAAUAAUCCUCAGCCAGAGAAAAACGUGAACAGAGCCAACGCCAACGCAGUAAAAGUUACAGCCACCUACUGGAUCUCGAAGGUUCGCGCGAAACUCUUCCUCAAGCAGUUCACGCCCACAAUGGAGGAGCCAACGAAGAAGUUCUCACCGGUUGCCUUUCGCCCAAACGAUGCGGUUCCUGUCUACACCGUUGAUUUCAAGAUUCCACGGGACAAGGAGGUUACGGUUGAGUACACCCAGAUCCAGUACUCUCAGACUGUCUUCCUUGACUUUGCAACUCUCAGCUGGCCGCACGCUACCGUUGCCACUCUUGCCCCAACUGAUCUGAAGCUGAAGCCCUCUAUCCUGCGCGAGUAG